AUGCGCCCCUCCGUUCUCGAUCCGCUGUUUGCGCCGGUGACCACGCUUGAAGGCGUCGGUGCAAAGGUCGGCGGCCUGAUCGCGCUGGCGCUGGGCCGCGGCGGCGAUCGGGGCGAACCGCAUGUCGGCGCGCUGUUGUUCCAUCUGCCCCAUUCGGUGAUCGACCGCAGCGCCCGGCCGACCAUCAUGGCGGCGGUCCCCGGCACGAUCGUCACGCUGACGCUGCAUGUCGACCGGCACCAGGCGCCGCCGCGCGGCAACCGGCGGGUGCCGUACCGCGUUUUCUGCCACGACGAAUCGGGCGAGAUCGCACUGACCUUCUUCCGCGCCCAUGGCCAAUGGCUGGAGCGCACCCUUCCCGUCGGCGAAACGGUGCUCGUGUCCGGCAAGGUGGAAUGGUUCAAUGGCCGCGCCUCGAUGGUGCAUCCCGACCAUAUAGUGACCGAAGACGAGGCCGACAGCCUGCCGCUGAUCGAACCGGUCUAUCCGAUGACCGCGGGGCUGUCGGGCAAGGUGCUGCGCCGCGCGAUCCUGCAGGCGCUCGACCGGAUGCCGGACCUGCCCGAAUGGCUCGACGCGGCGCUUCUUGCGCGCGAGCGCUGGCCCGCCAUGGCCGGGGCACUCGCGGCUAUCCAUCAUCCGCAAUCGGCCGCCGAUAUCGGCCUUGAGACCGUCAAUCGCCGGCGGCUCGCCUAUGAUGAGUUGCUGGCAGGGCAAUUGGCGCUCGCGCUUGUGCGCGCAAGGGCCAAACGCACCGCCGGCCGCUCGCUGUCGGGCGACGGCAGUCUGGUUGCCGCCGUCACAUUGGCUUUCGGCCAUCCGCUGACGGGCGCGCAGCAGCGUUCCUUCGAUGAGAUUGCUGCCGACAUGGCCGCGCCCGACCGCAUGCUGCGGCUUCUUCAGGGCGAUGUGGGCUCCGGCAAGACGAUCGUCGCGCUGAUGGCGCUGGCGCGCGCGGUCGAAGCCGGCAUGCAGGGCGCGCUGAUGGCGCCGACCGAAGUGCUCGCCCGCCAGCACAUGGCGACCAUCGGCCCGCUGGCGGAAAAGGCCGGGCUGCGCGUCGCCAUCCUGACCGGGCGCGACAAGGGCGCCCGCCGCGCCGAGACCCUGACUGCGCUGGAAGCCGGCGACAUCGACAUUCUGGUCGGCACCCAUGCCCUCUUCCAGGAAGGCGUCACCUUCGCCGAUCUUGGUCUGGCCGUGAUCGACGAGCAGCACCGGUUCGGCGUGCACCAGAGGUUGCUGCUGGCGCAAAAGGGCGGCGGCGCCGACAUGCUGGUGAUGACCGCCACACCGAUCCCGCGCACGCUGGUGCUGACCGCCUACGGCGACAUGGAUGUCUCAAAGCUCGACGAAAAGCCCGCCGGCCGCAAGCCGGUCGCCACCGUCGCCAUGCCGAUCGCGCGCCUGGACGAGCUUCUGAACCGCAUCCGCACGGCAGUCGACGAGGGGCGCAAGAUCUACUGGAUCUGCCCGCUGGUCGAGGACAGCGAGGAGGUGCCCGUCAUGUCGGCCGAGGCACGCCAUGGCGAACUGGCGGGCCUUUUCGGCGACAGCGUGGGUCUGGUGCAUGGCCGCAUGGCCGGGCCGGAAAAGGACGCCGCGAUGGCCGCCUUCAAGGCCGGCGAGACACGUCUUUUGGUCGCGACGACCGUCAUAGAAGUCGGCGUCGACGUGCCGGACGCGACGAUCAUGGUGAUCGAACAUGCCGAACGGUUCGGCCUGUCGCAGCUGCACCAGUUGCGCGGACGGGUCGGGCGCGGCGCGGACGCUUCGUCCUGCAUCCUGCUCUAUGGCGAACCUUUGGGCGAAACCGCCCGCGCCCGGCUCGACGUCAUGCGGCGCACGGAAGACGGGUUCGUGAUCGCCGAGGAGGAUCUGCGGCUGCGCGGCGAAGGCGAACUGCUUGGCACCCGCCAGUCCGGCACGCCGGGAUUCACGCUGGCGCGGCUCGAAGCCCAUGGCGACCUUCUGCCGGUGGCGCGCGACGAUGCACGGCUGGUGCUCCAAACCGAUCCGGAGCUCAUGUCGGAACGCGGCAAGGCGCUGCGAAUCCUUCUUUACCUGUUCGAGCGCGACGCGGCGGUUCGGCUUUUGGGGGCAGGUUAG